AUGUUGUCUAAACGAAUCUCUCGAACAUCUGCCGAUCUGGAUGCACCUUGGAGACAUACUCCUCGGUUCCAGAAGUAUGACCCAGUAGCGAACACGGAUGGAGUCAUCUCCUUUGCAACUGCAGAAAAUGCUCUUGUUACUAAGGAACUCGAGGAGUUUGCAAACUCCGGUAACAUACACAUCCCAGGAGCUGCUUUUAUGUAUGGAUACAGUACUGCGGGUGGACAACGUUUCCCCAAAGCUCUAGCAACACACCUCAACGAGUAUUUUCAUCCAUAUAAGCCACUGACUGGAGAUGAUAUAUUGGCAACUGGAACAGCAACGGCGCUUCAUGAAAUUCUGGCUUUCAGCUUUGGCGAUCCUGGUGAUGGUAUUCUCGUUAGCCGGCCAUGUUAUGGACGGUUUGAGCUAGACUUUGGCAACAAAGCAGAGAUGCCUGUGGUCUGGGCGGAUUCCAAUGCGGAAAAUUCCUUUAAGCCGGAAGUUGUAACUCACCUUGAAGAGAGGCUGCUUCAAUCAAACGCAGCUGGGACCAAGGUUAAGGCCCUCCUUAUUGUCAAUCCGCAUAACCCUCUUGGACGCUGUUAUCCAAGAGAAACCCUUGUUGCUUUAAUGGCGUUUUGCCAGAAGCACCGCAUACACUUCAUCAGCGACGAGGUUUAUGCCUCCACUGUAUUCGACUCAGGAGAGCCCGAUACCCACCCCUUUACAUCCGUGCUCUCCAUUGAUCCAACUGGACUUAUUGAUCAAGAUCUUGUUCACGUCGAAUAUGGCAUGGCCAAAGAUUUUGGUUCCGCUGGCCUACGUGUUGGCGCCCUGAUUACCCGCAAUGCCGCCCUCCAGAAAGGAUUUCAAAGCAUUAUUCGCUUCCACAGCCCCUCUGGCAUGUCGGUCACCGUGGCAAGCGCUAUGCUUGAAGACAGAGAGUGGUGCAGAAAGUUUCUAGAAACGGCACAGAGCCGCAUUUCUGAGGCCUUCAGACUAGUCACGACUGAACUGUCUAAUAUCGGUAUUAAGCAUCUGCGCAGCACGAAUGCUGGUCUCUUCCUGUGGAUUGACUUGUCUUCUUAUCUUCCACCAGAGAGCUCUGGCCUGUCUAAAUCUGAAAGAGAGUUUUCUCUGGCUCAGAAACUGCUUGAUGGUGGAGUUUUUCUUCAUCCUGGUGAGGAGCAUGCUCUUGAAGCUGGCUGGUUUAGACUAGUCUAUACACAUGAUCCUCGAACAGUACGCGAAGGAGUUAAACGGUAUGUUAUCUCACCAUCCUACCAAUAUACAGCCUCUCUGACUGAUAAAGGAUUCACUCUGUUCUUGAUAAACUCUCAUGGUAGUCUCGGAGCUGGCGUCCAGUCGACUCUUAAUUACCUAUUAGGGGAGUCAAGUUAUUUUAGCUAUGAUCAUCGUGAAAUUAGCGAUUUUCUCAUUACUCACUAG